GUGAACCUAACAGUGAAGUCAUAGACUGACACAAGAUGGGAGUGCAGGCUUCGAAGUGUCCAUGCAGUCAGGUAUCAGGCCUCUGAGAUUCGAGAAGCCUUACUGGAAGCCAGACAGAAGAUUAAUGAUCCUGUGGCGAAAGUGGAGGCACAGUCACUAGCAGAGGAAGUUGGUUCUUACCGCUUCUUGAUUUGCUGUGUAGUGUGGUGUGAGAUACUGUCAAGAACAAAUACAGUGAACAAGCUCCUCCAAUCUGCUUCAAUGCAGCUUGACGUAGCUGUGCAGUUAAAGCAUUUUAGCUACGAAGCACCUGAUGAGCCAGUGGCUGAUGCACUGCGGAAUCUUGAGGUCAACUUCUUCAACAUUGUGGUUGACUCCACAAUAGGAUCCAUUGAUGAACGAUUUGAAACUCUGAACCAGGUGAAGACUAAAUAUGGAAUAGUGCUGAACUUCAGCACUGCAGGUCAGAUGUCCAGUGACUCCUUAAAGGCUCAGUGUAUGGAACUUGAGAAAACUCUGACCUUCAACCAAGACUGUGACAUCAGUGGAGUUGAUCUGGCAAACGAAAUCAAGAAUUUACCUGACCUACCGUCAGCUAAUAUGACUGCCUUUGAGCUGCUUUCUUUCCUUUGUGAGAAAAAUCUGGAGGAACUCUAUCCUAACCUUUGGAUAGCCCUGAGAAUUGCUGUCACUCUGCCUGUGACAGUUGCCUCAGCUGAGAGGAGCUUCAGCAAGUUAAAAAUGAUCAAAAACUAUCUGAGAUCUUCCAUGUCCCAGGAACGUCUGAGUGGUUUGGCCAUCAUGAGCAUCAACCAUGAUGUGGAGAAGCAAAUAUCAUGUGAUGACAUUAUUGAUGAUUUUGCAUCCAGAAAGUGCAGAAAGGGACACUUUUAAUGGUCAUAAUGUCCACCAACAUCUCCGUUGCCUGCAACAAUAACAGUGCAGAACACAUCAGCAUCUUCUCCGUAUGCAUGUACUCCUUCAUCUCCAUCAUUGGCCUCGUCUUUAAUAUCCUAGCACUGGUCUUUUUCUUCAGCCAAAGCAAAUCCAGGACUCAAACCAUUGUCUACAUGACUCACCUGGCUAUAGCAGACAUUCUGCUUAUCCUCACGUUGCCCAUGAGGAUCUACUACUAUCUGGGAUUUGAAGUCCUCCCUCCGUGGCUGUGUGAAGUCCUUGGUUUGGUCCUCAAGGCCAACAUGUAUGGAAGCAUCUUUUUCCUCAAUUGCAUUUGCUUCGACCGCUGCAUGGCCGUCACCUUCCCUAUGUCGUCUUGUGUCCAGGCAGGGAGAAAGAAAGCACCGUGGAUUUGUUUCGGGAUAUGGACACUCACCUUUGGAGCCAGCCUGCCCAUCUAUCUUACCAAGCGCAAAACAUCUGAGUACCCAAUUUGUUUUGACAGCCUUCCUGUUUAUGCUACAAACCCUGUGGUGGUUUUUCCAACCCUGAUUGUGGGGUUUGGGAUCCCACUAGUAAUCAUGUUGAUCUGCUCAUGGGGUUUGGUCCGUGCUGUCCAAAGUAGUACUGCGGCUCAGACCAACUUAGUGGACAGCGGGAAAAUCCAGAGGAUGAUUGCCAGCAGCCUCCUAAUUUUCAUGCUCAGCUUCCUCCCUUACCAUGUAAUCUUGGCCGUCCUCUCUCUGUAUAGAGACAAUAUAACCUGCCCCAUGCGUACUGCAUACCGCUACAGCCUGAUGAUGGCGUGUCUCAACACAGUGCUAGAUCCUAUUGCAUACUAUUUCACCACAGACACCUUCAAGAAGAACGUAGACAUGAGCACUGUUCGGAGGAUGUUUCUGUUAAAUAGUCAAAGUUCCGAUGUGAACAGGAGCAGGAUGCCAAACAGCUAAAGGACUCAACAGACUCACUGAAACUCACUUUUUUGAUAGAUGCAAUACGAAAUAGCUAAUAUCAGAUCUAUAAAAAACCCUCUUAAAUUAACUAAAUUCUGCAUUUAAAGUUCACCUACUAUGCAAAGGUCACUUUUUGAUGUCUUUUAUACUGAAUGUCUACCGGGAGAAACUCAGCUAAACGCUGCCGUGAUUAAACGCCAUAUUAUGUUCCAAACCACAUCCAGCAUUAUAUCUGAAACAGUUUGGAGCUCAAUUGUUUCUCUCUUGCGGGGUUUACCACAAGGACAGGACCUUUCAUAUUACACAUUUGUUAAUCUUUUAGUCAUAAGUAAAGAGGAUGUGAGGGAUGGCCUCAACAAACUGAGGGUAAGAGCAGAAAAGACAGACAACAAAGAGCAACUGCAUAAACUUUCAAAAACUGUGGGACUCUACCCAUCCUUGACAGGAACUGUUAACACCAAUGGAGAUUUUGAAUUAAAAGACCACUCAGUGGCGACCAGCCAUUAAAAAUACUUUAAUUUGAUUAAUUUUAUACAUACAUUUUUUUAAUGAAUGAAGUACAUGUUAUACAGUAGGUGUCAGUAAAAUGUAUGAAUUAAAUUAAAUAUCGAUUCAAAUUGUGUUCCGAUAGCUCAAGUUACUGACAAGUCAUAACUCAUGUGUAAUAUGAGGUUGGCCAAAACAGGAGCAUCCUUCCUUCCUUCCUUCCUUCCUUCCUUCCUGCCUCUCGUCUGAUCCACUACCUUACUUGUAGACUGGUCUUGCAGCAUAACCUGCACUAUGUUAUUCUAAUCUAUCCUACUCUGUUUCAUUUUGUCUUAUGUCCUGUAUAAAAUAAGUUGUAUUGUUGUAGGAUCUAAGAUUGCCAUUGCCAUAACUACACUGUGGCUACUGUGCACAUAAUAAUAAAACCCUUUAAUCUUGAAAAUCUUGAAAAAAGCUAACAGCUGUAUUUUUGUGAAAUGACAGCAUAGGCCAUGGAUGGAAACAGAAGUGAAGCAUUGUGUGAGCAGAGGACAAUAUCAGUUCUCAAGCAUCUUCAGCUAACCCUACCUUCUGCUUUUGCUUGUGCCUGCACGAUUCUGAGAUGCAGAAGUCUUAGAUGGAGAAGCAGACGCUGUGUUCAUGUCUGUGGUUUCCUGUUUGUGUUGUAGUCUUGUGUAUGUGAGAGCCCUCACAAAAGAAAGACACGCAAUAUCUUUAUCCAGACAUAAAGGCACCGUGGUUGCAGCAAUUGUAAAUUCCCCUUCAGAUUGCAGAUUGAAAUGCAUGUAUUUUUAGAGGAACUAGGUUUACUUGUGAAGAGGGCCCGAUAGUGGCUGCAGAGAGUUUAGCAAGUUAGCAAUGUUGAACAUUUACAUGGCAACAUAAGGCUUAUAGAUUCAAAGUUCUACGGUUAAGCUAUGUGCUAAUGUAAAAACUGUAAAUGAUUCUCCUACAGAUACUGUUAAAAAGUGUGAUCAAGAAACGCUGACCAAUCACAGCAGAGCUUUUUUCUCCACAUAAAGAAGACUAAACUAGAGCUUUUCAGCUGGGGGUCAGUAAAGUCAUAUUCAAGCAGACAGUAUGAGAACAUUCUUUGAACAACAUAUCAUUUAAACAUGUUCUAAUGAAAAGCCGAAAUAAAUCAAUUUACUUCAAAAUGUUAAUUACAUGUGGCCUUUAAACUGCAAUAACUGAUCUUUACCACUUGGGGCCGGCAGAAACUAUAAUAACAUCAUCUCUUUUUAGGUUGUUAUGGUGAAUAUCAGCUUAUUUACACAACCAGCUGUUACAGAGAAACACUAUCAUUCCUAUAGACAAGUUGUGUUUUUAGUCUUUAUCAACCCCUGAGGGAAAGGUUUGCACCAUAGUCUGGAGCUUUUUUUUUUCUGAAAAAAACGUGUUGUUGCAGUCAAAAACAUUGAGAGGAUUGAGAGUGAACCAAAAAAAAAAAGGGUAUAUAUAUUAUUAAGGGUAUUCUUAAGAAUACCCUUAAUAAUAUAUACCCAAAUUCAAAGAUAAUUUGACAUGUAGGUUCAGGUUCAAAUGUAUUGCCUAUAAUACCUAAACUCAAAAUAAUCAUGGCACUAUAAGGGCUGUGUGUUGGAAAUGUUAAGUUUUGUGACUCCAAAUGGUAUUACUCAUGGGCGGUUCUAGGGAGGUGCCCCUGUGAAACAGAGCUUGCCGACCCCCCUGUGGCCCUGCUCCAAAAGAAUAGAUUUAUGAUAAUGCAUUUCAUGUAAAAUACUAAGUUACUGUGGUGUAACCUGGGCCAUAGUUAACAGGGAUUUCGACCAUAACAAAUCCCAACAAAUAUUAAGAAAUUAAAUAAAAACAAAGUUUGGUUGCAUAAAUAAUGUUUUUAUUACCCCAAACUUCUUUCAUUGUUCUGUGUCUUGGACCAAAGUAACUACAAAAAAUAAAAUCAUUGAAACAAACUCUGUUACUAAAUCAAAAACCAAUAAUGGUAUG